GAUAAAGUAAAUAUCGUCUUACACUUUCAACAAGUAUACCGGUAAAUUAAAUGCAGUGAUUCAUUGAUACAUUAUUCAUACAUGUAUUACAAGUUCCUGUUUUAAUUUACUGCUGGUACUCUGAAUAUAAAAGCUUUGCAAAUGUGAAUUCUAUUAUAUGUGAUAAGGAAAGAAUUCUUUGCAAUUCAUGGGCCGCGGUUUUUCCAGCAGAAGAAUUAACUUCCAUUUCUUCAAAAAACUUAAGGUGUCAGUAAAUCUAGGAAAGAUCCAAUCAUGGCCAAAAAUUAAUGUUCAACAAUGUAUGUUUACCCAAAUACAACCUAUAAAAUGGCCUUUCAACCAAAAACAGAAAUGACUGACAGUGUUCUCCUGGCAUUUGGGAUACCGAUCUUCCUGGCAAAUAUCAUUGGCAUUGUAGUUGUAUGGCAAAGCACAAAGUUACCAUUCCAGAUCCGAUUAUUAACUUUGAAUUUGUCGUAUGCAGAUGGAGGAAUUGGACUUGUCAUGCUUUUACCUCGCAGAUGGCUAUACAAGGAAUGCAAUGUACGAAAAUAUUUAUUGGAGAUCUUGGGAACAUCCUCAUUUUUGACCAUCACUGCUUUUAACGUUGACAGAUGCCUGGUUAUUCUCUAUGCUAUUCAGUACACCAUGUUCAUCACCAAAUCCAGAAUCUUUACAGUGUGUGUUGUAAUCUGGAUACUCAGCUCAUCCAUUGUGUAUCUACUGUAUUCAGAUGAACAAUGGGAAACAUUAGGCUUCUCAUGCGAGGAGGCAUUUGCCAGCAAUUUGAGAACAUCUAAUGUGAUUGGUCACGUAAUCCGUACCGUCAUUAUCUUGAUUAAUGUCCUUAUUAUGGUAUUAUUGUGUUUGUAUCUCAGAGACAGAAUGAAACAGUUGUCUCGCACAGGACUGCAACAGUUCAAAGUAAAACAUUGGGACUACCAAGCUGUUACUAUUAAGAAAAUUCUGCUCAUUACAAUAAUGUUCACUGUUUUAUAUACACCAUACAUGCUUUGCCAAUUAAUUUUGUCCACACAUGUUCAGACUCGAAGUGAAUUUAUCAUUAAGGGACUAUCUGCCAUGGCCUCAUUGCUGAAUAGCUUUGUCAAUCCUUUUCUGUACAUUUUCCGGUUCAAAGAGUGUCGUUUCCAGUUCAAGUUGCUUUUUUGUCGUUGGAACAAGUCAAUCCUUGAGGAGACAGAGAGAGUACGCAAACAAAGCUUUGCAACCUACACUAUUGAUGACAGCAUGAAACUGAGACUACAAGCUAUUCACAACAGUGCUUUGAAAAAUGAAAAUUCCGAAACUUCAAAAUUGAAGCUACAUGCAAUGGACAUAAAAGGUCAAUCAUCAACUAGUUCAGCAUCUUCAGAAUAUAGGCUUCAUUCCCAUUUUAGCAGAAGAUCUGUAAAAUCUAAUUCAAUACCUUCAAAAUCAAAUUUAUAUAGAAUUAACAGCAAGGUAUCAGGAACAAAACGCAAGUCGGUUGGUUUUGCCCUUCCAGACAAGACAUCAGAAUCAACUACCGGUACUUGCAAUUCAGAUAAUUCUCAGCAUAGACUGUUUGCUGCACCCAGCAAAAUAUUAGAAAAGACUGAUUCGGAAAUAUCCAGAUCUGAUCAAGAGGACACAGUAUUACAGACAUAUCUCUGAAGAGUGUAAAAGGCAGAUCUUGUGUUGAAAAUUCACCGAUAUAAAAUAGUUGAUAAAGAUUAACCAAUUACCAUUUAUUCUUUUUGAUUUAUGUGUCUUAUUUAUUUUAUCUGUCAGAUUUAGAUUUUAAGAGUCUAUUAAAAAGUCAAAUAUUAGGGUAAUUUUUUUUAUAAAAGAAUUCACAAGAUCUACAAUAAUACACAGAAACUGCUGAUAAAAAACAAACAAUGAAGUACUAGUAUUCUCUAAAAUGUGUUAGUUGUUUUCUUUUGAAAUCAUUUGCCAUGUUUCCAUGCAAAAUUCAUAAUAAAACAUAUUCUAUAACCUUCAAUGUGGUCUUUGCAAGUUGGCUGCUUGCCCA